AGAAAUUAUAACGAAAUGUUGGAUUUUAAUAGUUGUCAGACUUGCACAUACAUACAUAUUGUGGCACAGACACGAAUUGUGAUAUGAUAUUGUCAUGCAUCUUAUUUAACUGUAGAACGUAAUUUAAACGUACAUUAUAUAAAUUAUUGUGUUAGUUUCACAGAUAAGUGGCAGAAAUGUGUUGGUACGUUGGUAAUGAUAUUUCAGUAUGUGAAAUUUCAUUGUAUCGUAAAACGAAAUCUGCUUAAGGUUAUGCUACGAUACAAGAGGGUUAAAAUAUUUUUAUAAGCAAUUAAAUUUGUAUCACUGUAAAUAAUAAUUGCACCGAUACAAAUUUUUCGAGUCAUGGUUGAUGAAGCAGUCACUCCAAAUGUGUCGACGUACGAGUAUCGUAUGGUGAACGCCGAAAAUGCUCACAAUACCUCUAGAGAAAGACGAAUAAAAAAAAGAGUAAUGUUUCCGGAAAUGAGGAUGAUCAGUAGGAUCGACUGGAUUACAGUCGGUGUACUGUGUUUCGUUAAUUUAAUAAACUACAUGGAUCGUUUUACGGUCGCUGGAGUACUAACAGAGAUAAAACAUGAUUUUAAAAUCACCAAUGAUAAAUCUGGGUUACUUCAAACCGCAUUUAUUUUAAGUUAUAUGGUGUUUGCACCCUUAUUUGGGUAUUUGGGAGACCGUUACAAUAGGAAGGUUAUUAUGAGUAGUGGCGUAUUUCUAUGGUGUUUAACAACAUUUAUUGGAUCCUAUAUGAAGACAUUUGGAUGGUUUCUUUUAUUCAGGGCACUUGUUGGAAUAGGAGAAGCAAGUUACUCUACAAUUGCUCCAACAAUAAUUAGUGAUUUAUUUGUAAAAGAUGUGCGUUCUAAAAUGCUCGCAUUAUUUUAUUUUGCAAUUCCUGUUGGAAGUGGUUUAGGAUAUAUAAUAGGUGGUGAGGCAGCAAGAGCCACUGGUGCUUGGCAAUGGGGUUUACGCAUUACUCCAUUAUUAGGUGUAAUAGCAAUUAUUUUAUUGCUUGCAGUAGUAAAAGAUCCUAUAAGAGGAGAGAGAGAAGGUGGAGUUCACUUGUCAAACACUGCGUGGUCAAAUGAUAUCAAGGCAUUAUUGAAAAAUCGAAGUUUUAUGCUUUCUACUGCUGGAUUCACAUGUGUAGCAUUUGUUGCUGGUGCAUUAGCUUGGUGGGCUCCAACAUUUUUACAAUUAGGAUUUGCAUUGCAUCCUAAUGGGCAUAAUAUUGAUCCAGAUGAUGUAGCAUACAAAUUUGGAUUAAUAGGAAUGGUAGCUGGUUUAAUAGGAGUGCCACUGGGUUCACUUCUAGCUCAAAAAUUAAGAGUACGGUGGCAGCAAACUGAUCCUCUGAUAUGUGCUAUAGGACUUUUAAUUAGUGUACCAUUACUGUUCUUCGCGACUAUAACUGCUAAUACAGACUCUGUCGCAUGUUAUAUACUCAUAUUUUUUGGACAAUUAUCAUUAAACUUAAAUUGGUCUAUUGUAGCAGAUAUAUUAUUGUAUGUAGUAAUACCAACAAGAAGAUCUACAGCAGAAGCUUUCCAGAUACUUAUUGCACAUGCCUUUGGAGAUGCCGGAAGUCCUUACCUUAUUGGUUUGUUAUCAGAAGGACUGAAAACAGUUCUUCUUUCAGACUUGAGUAUAGACGGUCAAGUAAAAGACAUAACAGACCAAGCUGACAAUGCACUUCUUGAAUUUCGCAGUUUGCAGUACGCUUUGUUUCUUACAAUGUUUGUGGCAGUCAUUGGCAGCUUAUUAUUCUUCCUUACAGCAUUGUACAUACAAAAGGACAAAGCCUUAGUCGAUCUUAUGAUCGCAGACAAGUAUCUAGAUUCUAAGAAUAAUGGGCAAGCUGAAUCAACAUAUUUAUAAAUGGCAUCAUUGGGCCUUUCCUGAUAGAGUGCUGUAAAUCUGGUGCAAAUACUUCAGAUUCAAUGUACAUAUGUAAUGAUGAAGUUGAAAAUGAGACACAAGAUGAUACGCAAAAACCGUGAUGGUGAAUGUUUUAAAUAUUUUCAGAUUUAUUGACUACAAGUAAAUUAUGUAAUUUGACAUUCAAGUGUAACCAUCGCAGCAACGAAUAUUUAUUAAGUAGGGAGAAGUGUUCAUUUGAUCCAGAAUGAGCAAUUAUUAUAUUAUGACCCAACUGAUGCAAUGAUAAAAUGUUUUGAAUACAGAACCUAUAUACCAGAAAAAAUUUUUAUGAAUUUCAUUAGUUUGUACUUAUACUCAGAGAGACAGUUAUGUUAAUAAUGUACAAAAAUAUUAAGCUUGGCGAAGAUUAUAUUUAAAUAGAUUAAAAGUUAUUUAACAUAUAUAUGUAUUAUAGUAAUUUUGCAUAUUAUAUUUUUAUAGUAACUUUCAUCUAAUACAGAAAAUACAAUAUUCUUGUGUGGUAUGUAAAAUAAAUAUUUAUCGGUCGCGUCCUGUAACAAAAUUGACAUUUUUUUAUUAAACAUCUUUGUAUUUGAAAAAAUCAGUAACUCUAUUGUUACUAAUUGUUAAUAAUCUCACAAUUUACGUGCCUUACAUGCACUCGAAAUAUGUCUAAUAAAAUUGUUCAAUUUAAAUAAUUCUUGUAGGGAAAGAUAUAAUAAAAUAUAUUGCGAUAAGACAUCUCUAAAUAAAUUAUUUGAUUAAUAUAAUUUACUUAGUUUCAAAGUAAAAUAUGUGUGAAAUUAUAUUUAGAAAUGAUAAUAGUAUUUAUUUUUUAUUUUUAAAAACAGAAAUAAAAUAAAAUAUAUCUUAUUAAACAGUUACUUUAGUAUGUAAGAUCAUAAAUAAUACUUUUAUAAUUCCCUCUCUAUUUAAUCACAUAUUUUUAUGUAUAUUACAUGUAAUACUUUAAUCUUUUUCGUUGUAAUGAUUAUUUAAAAAAUAUAAAAUAUCCAUUUUGUAAUACUUCGUACAUGAAUUUUAUUUAUAAGUUCAUUUAGUUAUUAAAAAAUUACUUCAGGCUAUGAUCUUAUAAGAAAUCGUUCUUUAGGUAUUGCCUUAAACUAACUACGACUUCAAUAACCAUAAUUUCAUUUUGAAUAAUGCAAUACAAUUAAGGCUCUUUGAAAAGCAAUUGCAUUAUGAUUUUUUAGAACGAUUUUAUCGCGAAAACAAAGUAGAGACUGUUGACAGUGUUAAUAUUUGGCAAAGAUAAGCCAUUCGUCGGAACCUCCUCUUGACAAUGUAAAGUAUGCAUAACUAGUGUAUGGAGCAUCAUUACCAUCGUAAUGUCUGUAAGCCUCAAAAUUUUCAGAAGGAAGAAAAUCCCUUUCUUAAUUUUCAAGCAACUGUGAAUAUAAAGGAUUAAAAUAAUUUUGUGAAAAGAAUUUGGCAACGCAUAAAAGAUCGCGUGGCAUUUCAGAAUCUGUUGCAUAGUUCGAUCACUAUAGAACAAAAUGUCAAAAUUUAUUAGGGCGCCACUAUCGACGCAUCGGAAAUUUUGAAAGUAUACCAAUCAAAAUAGUAGAAUUAUUUCGCGGCGCGUGUAUCGUUCGAGGGGAUUCAGUGUUUCUUGAACAAUUUCAUGGACGAAUUGUGUUUCAGAAUUUAUGCCUCGAAUCCUCCAAGACAGUAAAAGUUCUAAAUAAAGAUUAAAGGUCGUAGUAGUUUCUGGAAAUAUAACGCAGUCCGGUAUUACUUGUGGAUAACGUGUAUUAGUGUACAGUGUACAGAGGAGAACGCGGGAGAAGCUGAUUGGCAGAUUACGUUUCAUAAGCGACUGGAAUAGUCGGUCAAUCAAGAUCGGUAAUUUUCAAAUUUUGCCGGCGGCUUCAGUGGAAAUUGCUUACCGGCACAGAAAGGGUCGAGACGAUAUCGCAGAAAGUGUCGCGAAACUGCUUAAUAUCGUUAAUAUUGAUCGUCGCGGAGAUAAAUCUUUCGAAGGACAUUAUCAAAGAACAUCCAAUUGUUGUUUUCAGAAGAAAAUCACCAGAUUUACGUAUACCUCGUUUGAAAGGUGUCAACGAAAUCUCGAUUCGAGUCGUCAACGUUUGAAAAAGGAAGAGAAGUAUCAGGAAGAAGACGGACGUAGUCUCAAGUUCUCUAGAAGAACGUCGCCACGAAUAUUGUUCCUGAAGAAUGAGGAUAACUAUAUAAGUAUAAUAUUUGGACACCCGUGGCAAUUUGAUCAAAAAGUUGAUAUUUUUCUCAUAUUUUCAAAGUUAUCAUCAAAGAAUGUUUCUCUACCGUUGAUUCUUUGCUUCUUGUCAUAACCCAGGUCGAAUGUUCCGCUGUUAAACUGAAGCAAAAAAUAUAUCUGCAUCAACGAUGUUUAUCCGUAGUGGAUAGCUGAUACUUCACGCACUUGCACAUUUAGUUGCACCAACGUAGUAUGAUCAAGCUUUUUUUUUAAAUUUUACAUCGACUUUCUGAAAAAUACGGACAGACUCGUAAUAGAACACGAUUAAUCUCGCGUCACCAUCUACGCGAAACAUGAAAGCGUUAAAGCCAAAGAAAAUAAUCAAGCAGAAAAGAAGUUUUAAAGUAAAGUAUAAAGUAAAGUGAUCGGAACAAAUUCAGAGAGAAAAAAAGGUGGAAACGAGCGCCUGAAACGAUAACAGAUCACCCACACAAGGAUAAACGGUGGCUAAAAAAGAAGACGAGAAAAAGAAAAAGAAAAAGGAAAGAAAGGAUCGGAGUAAAAAGAUUGUAAAGGCGAAGAAGCAGGUGAAACGACAGUACGAGCGAAGCUUAUGGGGGUAAAGUGAGUUGAACGCGAGCAGAGGAUAAAUAAGGACGAGCAAAACGUGGAGGCAGAGGAGAAGAGAGAGGAUAAUGGUGGCGCAUGCUCCUCCUCGUUGUGCACGUAUCGUGGAACAGGCAGUUGCCCUCGUCGGCUCCAGGUACACGCGAAAAUCCAUAUCGCCGCCGUGUAGCGUCUCCUACGGCCGUUGACAGACUCCGCGGACACGCCAGAACCUCUCGAUCGGGCGUCGCAGUGAGCGUCGCGACGCAGCUUCCUCGACACUUCCGCGCCGCUCCUACGGAGUAGCCUCUUACACUGCUUCGAGCACGUGCCUCAAACAGUCGCGUGUCACUGCUCGCCGGCGGAAUACUAAACUGCCACGGAAUUAACUUUCAAACAAUAUUUCACCAGUUUCCAAGCUCAUUUGUUUCAUCGAUAGCAUUUAUUUGAAAGAAAUUCGUCUCGUUUGGGAAACCAAGUGGUAAUUAGGAGAAAUUGGAAAGGACGCUGCUAGGUCGAAGGAUAAAUAGAUGGGAAUUUCAAAGAUAUUAUUUAUAUCUUAAGGAAGUUGGACGUUCGAAGUAAAGUGUUAUUUAGAGAUAAUUAAAAAAUAUGUAUCGUUUGGAAGAACGAAGUGGUAGAUAAGAAUAAUUGGAGGCAUAGACGUUGCUGGAUCAAAAUAUUAUUGUAAAUAAAAAUGUUAAUAGUAUUAUUUGUUUUAAGGAAAUUUAUUCGUCGGAAGAGCGGAAGGAUAUUUAAGAGGAAUCGGAAGGUCGAACGUCGCCAAAAUUAUGGAUAAAUAUGAAUUUCGAAGAUGUUGUUUAUCGUAGAGGAAUAUGAAUUACAAGAAUAUUAUUUAUCCGAAACAAAUUGAUCGUUUGGAGAUAUACAGUGAUAAUUAGGAGCUAUUAAAAGGUGCUUAUUGUGGAACGUUGCUGAAUGAUAAUAUAAAUGAACAUGAACUUCUCGCAAAAGUAUCGUUUAUUUCAAGCAAAUUCAUCGCUCGAAGAAAGGAAAUAUUAAAUGGGAACAAUGAAAAGAUGUUUUUGUAAAAGCAUAAACAAAUACGAGUUCGAAGGAGAUAAGUGCUAAUUAGAAAUAAAUCGCAAGAUGUUUAUGGAAUUAUGAAUAAAUAUAGAUACUAAGGAUGUAGUUCAUCUCGAAAAGGUUCGUCCUUUGAAGCGAUGAUUUAAUAUGAAUAAGUAUAACUGUCAAAGGUAUUAUUUACCCUAGAACAGGUAGAGGAAGAGCGCGGUAAUGAAAAAGUCAAUGAAAAAGUCGAAAAUGGUUAAAUUGUUACACGAAUAAUACGUGUGAACACCUACGUUCGAAGAACAUUUGUAAAACGCGAACACAGAAGAUCGGAAGCUGAUGGAAGAGAUAGCAAUAACGUAUCGGAAAAGAAAGUCGAUAGUAUUCCACGAGGAGCAAUAAAUGUAGAAAGUUGGGGUACUGUCGCGUAAAGGUUACCAAAGAUCCGUGAAACGAAGAAUCGUAAGAAACCUGGCAAGGUUUCAGGAGAAACUUUGUUAAGAUUUCCAAGAAAAUAAAAGAAUCUUCGAGGUGGUGUAAUUUGUACGUUGUAGAGACAGCGAGUCACACGAGGAACGUACUUUCAGAGAGAAUUUUACGAUGGUAUCGUGGAAAGGAUAGCCAGUUGGAAAGAGUCGCGUCUACGAAAGGAUUGGGAAACGGGAGCCUAACUUGCAGACCAGGUUAACAAAUAGCUAAAUUACAAAGUGAAUGGACCAAGUUUUGAAACUCAUUUAAGAAACUACCGACUAUCAAUUAUAAGGAGCUGUGAACUUCCUUCUAUCUUCGAAGGAGUUGGUAAUAACCCCUGGUAUCGACGAAUACCAUUCUCUCGAGCAGUUGAAAUCAGGCACGAAUACGCGCGUUAACCGAGUGGACUCUCGAAACAUCUCCCUCGAGAGUUUGCCGAUACUCUCUCGCGAAAUUAGUACACUAUCGAUACGUGGAACUGAUCGAAGCCGGCCUUUGUUACUGGUUUUCAACGCGAUGCUCGCGAUGUUAACGCGCGGACAAUAGGCGAACUUCGUCUCCAAUUGUUAGUGCUGGAUCUGAUGGACGCCUUGCCGCCAGUAGUUCGGUAAUUGGCUUUGCGUUUCAAGCGGUUCGCCUAAUGGCUGUCGAGUGCCGCUUUCAAACGGAUCGACCAAUUGCAACAGACUGUUUUAUAAACCGUUCUACUCGUACCACUGUACGUUAUCAUAUUUAAAGCGUAAAAGCUAGAUCGUCGAGGAUUUUAAGAUCAAAGAUCGUUUAGUAAAUGGAAGGCUAGAGAAAUAGCAACGAGCCAAAAGAAAAUUCCUUGUUCUAGAAAAGGAAGCAUCUCCAAGCCGUCAUAAGUCAAUCUGAUUUCGUCGUGUUCUUAGAAAUUACAAAACGAAGGUUCUCACCUUUCGGUUAGACUCCGUGCAACCGAGAUAUUCCGAAACUGGGAAUCUCCGGUGAAAUCACCUCGUGGGAUCAGAGGACAUCAAAGAGCAAUCCUAUGUCGCGGUAUCCCGUGUCUGGAGCGCAGAAUUUAACGGGCUUGCGGGGAUUUCUGGAAACUUUAUUCGAUCGUAACAUUUCGAUAUAUAGAUAAAUAUAGAGAGAAGUUUUUUGAUAAGGUCUUGUACAACGUAUUAACGGGGAUCG